CUAUCUAUAGGAGCAAGAAAAGGAGAAAGAUGUUUAACUCAGUGAACCUAGGAAACUUCUGCUCCCAGUCGCGCAAAGAGCGGAGUGCUGACUUUGGAGAGAGAGCAGGUUGCGCUUCCAAUCUCUACCUCCCCAGCUGCACCUAUUACGUCCCAGAAUUUUCAACUGUGUCAUCUUUCUUGCCACAGGGCCCCUCUCGCCAAAUCUCCUACCCUUAUUCCACUAACCUCUCUCAAGUGCAGCCAGUGCGAGAGGUUUCCUACGGGCUAGACCCCUCGAAUAAAUGGCACCAUAGAAGCAAUUACGCCUCGUGUUAUUCCGCGGAAGAUCUGAUGCACAGGGAUUGCCUCCCGCCUUCCACCAUGACCGAAAUGCUAAUGAAAAACGAAAGCGUGUACAGCCACCACCACCACCCCAGCUCCAACCACCCGGCUUCCACGGGCUUCUACUCCAGCAUGAACAAAAACAGUGUCCUCCCGCAAGGCUUCGACCGGUUCUUCGAAAACGCCUACUGCUCCACCGAGAACCCGCCCGAGACCUGUUUGCAGAAGACCGAGAGCAAGCUGGAGACCGACUCCCAGCCCACCGCGCUGUCAUCCCGCGGCGACCAAGGCGUAGACCCGGAAGACGAGGAAGAAAACACCAACCCGGGCUCUUCAGCUUCAUCCUCCUCUGUCAACAAGGAAGGGAGCAAAACCAGCAACUCGAGUGCCCCCCGCACAAGAAAGAAGCGAUGUCCCUAUUCGAAAUUCCAAAUCAGAGAGCUAGAGAGAGAAUUUUUCUUCAAUGUCUACAUAAACAAAGAAAAAAGGCUGCAGCUCUCCAGAAUGUUGAAUCUCACUGAUCGACAAGUUAAAAUUUGGUUUCAGAACAGAAGGAUGAAAGAAAAAAAACUAAGCAGAGACCGCCUGCAGUAUUUCUCUGGAAAUCCCUUAUUGUGAACCUCUUUUGUAUAUUAUAUAUACAUAUAUAUAUAUAAGAAUAAAAAAUAAAAAAUAAAUGCUCGUUGAAGUAUUCUGUGUAUGAAGAAGGGACGUCGCAAGCACGGUUUGACUGUGGAGUCUUCAAGCAACCCUCAGAGUUUCCAACCUUCUCAGUCCUUUCUUAUAUUUGUAUGUUUGGGACCUGGUUCAGGGUUUAUACACUUUCCCCGAUUACCUAAACGUUGAAAGGACUUGAAUACUGUAUGAACUUUUAAUUUAACGUUUAGUCUUGAAGAAAUGGAAUUAUUUUCAUCAUCGGUGUUUUGUUUUGUUUUGUUCUGUUCAGUUCAUCAUCAUCAUCAUCAUCAUCAUCAUCAUCAUCGUCACUUAAGUCAUCUAUGUUCGUUGGAGGAAACUACAGUGCUGUGUUCACGACAGUAUGCACCCACUUCUCCUUAUUUUGAUAUGCAAGUUGAUGAUGCAUCUACGCAAAAGCGCCUCCCAAAGUCUUCGGUUGGGAGGAGGGCUUUGUCUGAGUGUCCGUGCAGAUGUGGUGUGUGUGUGUGUAUCUACCCACACGUGUUCAUCCGUGCACACGCACUCCACUCCAUCAGGGUUCCACUGCUGUACAUGCCAAGGACUGUUGUUCAUUGAGAUCUAAUUUAAAUAACCUGUCCAAGAAUUGGUAUCACUAUAAGGAUGUUAUUUACACUGAUUCCCUCAUGUAUCUUUUAUAUAUUCAUAUUCUAUGCAGUCCCAGGUUUGAUUUCCCCCCCUUUCUUUCUUUCCCUCUUUGC